UUCAGCGCAGGCUCCGUCUUGCGAAUUUGCACGGUCUAUGGCAAACGAAACGGUACAUUCUGUUGUUGUCAUGCUGCCCCCGAAGACCUGCAUCCCGAAGAAUUACAGCUGCAUGGCUGGUCUGUUUGGGAGCUUGGCGGCAGCAAGCCAGUGGAAAGAAGACGGCGAGGAAGAAGGGGAUGGUCUUUGUGAAUCAAGCAUCGAAAAUCAUGUUGUGGAAGAAAGACCGAGAGGCAGGGAGUGCUUUCUGAAACCUCCGCAAAGUCCGACAUUGCGAAGGCGAUGCAAAUCGCUGCCGACCCCCGUGGAAAGGGCAAAGCUUGAAAUAGCAAGGAGCCGAAGCCCAACCAGUCACAAAAAGGUCAGAUUCGCCGAUUCUUUGGGCCUGGAGCUUACUUCAGUGAAGCACUUUUGCGACGCCGACAUGCCGGAGGUACCGCAACCUGUAGUGGAAAAAUUCAGGAGAGCGAGCACUAACCAUUUUAGUAACUUCGACAAGUUCCCCAGAAUUCCCACGCAAUCUGUGUUCAUGGAAGCGCAGUUCAUCAAUCCUGGCCAGUUGCCAGGGUUCUUGGAAAAAGUGUUCGAUGUAAAGGUGUUGCUGGAAUGUAUCGAAACCAAUGAAUAUAGCCUGUCCGGGAUUGUUCGUGUGUUAAAUCUGGCGUUUGAAAAGAACGUCUUUUUGAGGUACACCCUCAAUAACUGGAUAACGUUUUUAGACGUCCUUGCUUCAUACGUGCCACACUCUACUGAUGGGCCAACUGACAAAUUCAGCUUUAAGAUAAUCACUCCAGCAUUUUUGGAGAGUGAAGACACGUUGCAGUUCGCAAUAAAGUACUGCGUCGGCCAGGAUGAGUUCUGGGACAACAACAAUGGAGAUAAUUACAAAGUGCGACGGCACAGAUUUAAAAUAUCUCCUCCGAGAGAAUGGGAAAAUGGCUGGAUUCACUUCAUUUAAGAUGUAUUCUUUGGUUUGGCAUUCACAAGGAUACGCGCGUAUUUGUGCGGGUUUAACUGUGAUUUUUGAGCGUCUGCCUUUGGGAUUCCCUUGUUGGGAUGCAUAGCCCAUUUUGAUUUUCUGCAAUUGACGUUCCUUUAAAAUCAUGUUUGGAUGACAGGUGAUAUCCUCCCUCGGGCGGAGAGCGCAUACUGGGUAAUGUUUGGGGUUUAAAAUGGCGAGCAUUUAAAGGAAAAUGUAUUAUUACCACGCCACGCCUUCUAUGGGGUCUUCUAAAUCGACGUGGUUGGGGUUUUAUGUGAGACACCAACUCGUGCUGCUCUCUAGACGUCAAUACAUCAAUUGAACCUGCUGUUAUAACGGGACGAAUUAUCACUGGCAUUUAUGCUAUUUGCCAUGGUUUCACAUCGUCUGUAUUAUAUUUAUUAGUAUUCAUUUUAUUCUUCUGCGCUUUAGGUAGCCCCAGGUUUCGGGGUUGACCAUAAUAUGUCACGUUUCAAGAAAAAACGUGCCACGUGCCUCCCGUGAGGAAGAGGACGGCAUAUGGCGCACACGCGUGUUUUGUGCUGUGGCCAGAUAAUUUGCGCAUCGGACCAUUCAUAUACUAUUCACAUAAUUCUUCCAUCCAUCUGGCACUAAAUUAUACCAUAUGAUGGUCAGUCUUCUGCAGAGUUAGUCAGGGACACCUUUAGUGAGAAUGCCAUGAAACUAGCUCAGAUAAGCAGAAAGGAACACCAUGUACUAUUCAAUUUCACUGCGGGGACGAACGUUUAAAAGUGUUAAGUUCUCAUGAACACAAUUAAGUAUGGUGUUUUUAAUUGUAUAUUUUCUAUUUGUAUCCAAUUCUCAUGUUUAUUUUGAUUGUUGUGUGUUAGUUAUACUGUAUAUAGCAGUUUGGAUAUGCCUUACCUUUAAGUGAAACAAAGACCAUAUCUGUGGAUGCAUGUCUUACAGUUUCGACCUCGGUUAAGUAGGCACCAUUAAUAUUAUAAUGGCUGCAAACUCAUUGGGCUAUAAAAUCUGCCUACCUCUAUCAAACAAUAUAUUUCCUGGAAGAAAUACCAAAACAUUUUCAGAAAAUGUCUUUACUGUAAUGCUUCGUGGUGUAGAGAUGAAGAAUGGGUGAUCUGGUGUGUGACUAUGGCUUCCAUUCUGUAAAAAAAAAAAAAAAAAGGAAAAAAAAAAAAGUAUGUCUAAAAAGAUACAAAAAAGGGUUUGGCCUACUGGAUAAUGAGUGAAUAAUUAUUCUCAGCAACUGUACCCAUUCUGUUCCCAGGAUUUUAAACAGAAGAAGUAUGGCACUUCUUUCCAAAAAAAGUUCCAGUUUUAAUUGAAUGCUGUCUUUAUUUUCCAAGACGACAUUUGUUACAAUAUGUAAAUAAUUAGUAGCUACUUUGUGCAAUAAUUAGUUUUUUUGCUAGGAAUACAGGAAACGUGUAGAUAAGUUUCUCUUUGGCUUCUGCUUAAAGGAAAGCGCUUUCUUUGUGUGCAUCGGCUGAAUAUAAGCAUAGAGAUGGUGGGGAAUUUGCGUUAAGGUUAACGGAACAGUGUUCCAGUGUCUUAUGCUGCUGUGUGUUAGGAGUGACUGACUCCCUUCUGGUCCUGCAUCGCCUGGGUCCAGCCUUCCUUAUAAGGACAAGGAGCGAGUUUGACCUUCGUAAAGCAAGGCUUCAUGGGAUUGUUUUGUGCCAAACCCUCUGGACUGUGAAUCACUUCUGGACCAGAGCUGAGGAACUCACGGGGCACGCUGAAACCCAGCGCUGCCAGGGCGAUGUGGGUGUUCAUUUCUGUUCCUCUAUUUUAGCUGUGAUGGUUUUCCCUUUCACAACAGCGAGAUGCUCGAAAUGAAGAAGUUGUUUUUAGGAACCGUCCGAUGAUUCAGUCUUUUGCUGAUUCAUUGUACUCCCGCUACUGUACGCUUGCACAUGUACUUUAGAAGUGUAAUGAUGAAGUCUUCUUGAGUUUGAAAUAUUUAGACAGUGUUAUUGUGGUAUAAGUUACUGUGAAGUUAAUCUUUGAGUCAUAACACUGGGAAAUGGUUUUGUGUAGAGAAUAGAUGGUAGUGAAAAUAUUCUUAAAUUUGAAGGGGAUGCUGGUUCAUAUUUGCCACAUGAAGGCAGGCCUUCUGUUUGCAUUUUCUUAUGAACCUAGAGAGACAUUGCCUGGAUCAUAAUGUCAUCCAGAACUGCAAAUCAAGUGUAUUAGUAUAUAUGUUUCAAAAAAGCCACAAGUACAAUGGUUUAUAAGGUCAUAAGUACAAUGCUACAAUUAUCUUCAAAGCAAAGCAAAUGGCUGCUCUUUAAGGUCCCCCUUUCUUUGGCCUUUAUCGUUGGGCCAUUUGGCCCACUGAUUCUGAAUUUUUUAUUUUUUAUUAACAAUAGUAUUUUGAAUUUACUAUUCACACGCCUGGAAAAAAAACCUUUUCAUGUGGAAUUUGUCCAAUUUGGCAAAGACUUAUGAAACUGUGGGCAUGAAGAACUGGUGUGACUUUUUUAGCGCACCAGGUUUGAUGCUUUUGCAUGAUAUUAUUGCACAUGUGUGACAAAUUGACUGAAAUGCAGUAUUGCUGUUAAAUUUUAAAGUUAAAGUUGCAGUUAAAUGAUUUCAGUAUCAACAAUGAAACAUCCUUGGUGCAUCAGUUGGGUCUCCUACUGAAUGGACCUGGUUGAUUAAUUAUUUAAUGACAUUCAGUCAUUAAACAGCAAAGUUCAGCCUUUUUCUGAGCUGUAGCCUUUCCCCCCCUGUGUUGAUAAUUAUUUAGGAAAUCAGUCUCAUUUUUUUAUCCAGAAAUGCAAGGCUGCAUGCAAUGGGUACCCGUGUGAGAUGGGUGGUCCUGUCUCUGCUCACUAGCUAAUGGGUGUGUGUGACUAUUCUGUGACUGAUCUGGAGAUGAAGGUGCUGUUUUUGAGGUCUUUCUCUGCUGCAUUGUGGGUACGAGGGACUUGUAGACACCUCUGGGUGACCUGCACUAGUCUCUGAACAGGCUUUAGGGGUAAUGGGUAAGGGAGAGGGUCAUGGCUUUUGAAAACAAAAUGGCACUUUGACUUCCGGGAGGCGCGUCGAUUGAUUGUUUACUGAGCCGAGUGUAUUGGCCUGUGAAUCGCGCGUCCCGUGGGGACCGGGCUGUGCUGUGGCCCUGGAGACGGUCCCAAAACACGGGACGUGUGCGGAGGGCGGGUGAUCCAUGGCACUGGAAACCUGCCGCCACUGUUUGCCACAUUUCCGAGACUACCAGUUAUAAUCUUUCAUGUUUAUAUCUCCAACUGCCAAUGGCACAGUCCUGUGUACCUGGUCUAUUUCACAUUUUCAAAGUGAACGUACAUCUUUCUCGGCCUAUAUUUGGUAGCAUUGGUUGUAGAUAUAUAUAUAUAUUUUUUGUAAUCUAUGCAAACCCUUUCUCAGAGUUAACGUCUUCGUCUUUCGAUGUUUCACGUCUGAAUGCUGAACACCGUGUUUGUGCUGCUGGCAUGUAGAGUUAGGACAUGUAUGUUCUUUUUAUGGUGACUCUUGCUUUUAUUUUGUUAAUGCAACCGCAUUAAAGACAUUUGUGAUGGAAAUCCAAA